AUGAAGUCAAAUAACUAAACAAGCAUUAGAAGUGCUACUCAUAAUAGAUUGUCCUCAGGCUAAAAAACCUUUGACACUGCUGCGGAUACUCAUUCUAGUUCUUCACAUAGAAAUAUGCCUAAGUCAACAGCAAUGCUACCACACUAACUGCAAGUUUAAAAUCUGAAGACCGUCACAAAUUCAUCUGUAGGUAUGGGAGACACAUAAAACAUGAACUUAUAUCAGACUUAAAACUAUGGAGAGAACAUACCACCAAGUACGUCAAGUGCUGGUGGGUUGGGAAGUGUUGGCAAUCACACCUACAGUUCAAAUCAUCAUAAAAGCUAAAAUAGUGGAGGUGGAGGUGGAUUCUUUACUAAUAAGAACUAUCCAUUGAGCACAACCACACCUUCAGCGUUCUAAAAUAUCACAAAUUACACCUAGCUUCACAAUAAUAUCAGUAAUGGCUCUAACACUAAUCAUGAUUCAACUUAACUGUCUCCAAGUAAUCAAAUGAAAUACUAGAAUCUUAACCCACAGGCCAAUUACUACAUUCAUGAUGGCCCUACUUCCUACUCAAACAGCUGUAGAAAGUUACAGUUUGAGCAGCAAUCCCCGACAAUGCAAUAAGUUUAACAAUCCAUCCCUUAAUCGUUGCUAGAAGAUGUACUAAAUUCAUAGACUGAAUGGAUAAAUAUUCAACCUGUGGUCAGAACCACUUUCAAGCACUUCUACGAAUUAAUUUCGCAGUAAAAUAUGCUAUUCUCACAUGUUCAAGACUAACUGAAUAAUCAUAGAUGCUAGAUAAAUGACUUGAGUGAAGUACUAAUUGAGAAGGCUGACAUAUAGGAUGUAUCAAAAGCUGUUUCUGAAGUUAUUCAGAGCAGUAUGGGACAUAAAGAGGAGAUUGAGGAGCUCAAAAAGCAGAUAGGAUUAAAAAUGAACAGACAAGAAUGUGUAACUACUUUUAAAUCACACCAGUCUAUGAUUGAUGACAUUAGGAAACAAGAAAUAACCAAUAUUAGGCAAUUAAUGAAAGAAUAAACAGAUGAAUAUGAGACUAUUAGAGAGAAAAUAGAGGAGGGAAAGAGAGAUCAAAAUAAAAAACUCUCUUAAAUCUACCGUGAACUUGAAAAACUUAACAUAAAUCAAGAGCGAAAGGUGAAUAUUGAGGAGUUCAAUGAAAGACUUGAAAUUAAAGCAGAUAAGCAAAUGCUAAUCAACGGUUUAAUCAAUAAAAUCAACAAGAGCGAAGCAGAUCAGAUCGUAAACUAGAAAGUAGCUGACUUGAACAAAGAAUUUGAAAGACUUCAUUUACAACUAGACAAUAAACUUGAAGUAGAGGUGUAAGCUUUAAGUGAAAUUGUGAGUAAAAAGGCCAAUUAAGAUGAUAUUCAAUACUACCGCAAGGAGAUUAGCUUUAAACUUGAUAAGAACGAGUUAGAUGUGUUUAGAUAGGAAUUCGUAGAUAGAUUUAGCACAUUAGAUAUGAAGGUAAAUGAGAAAAAUUAGCAUAUGCAACAGUUUAAAGAUCAAUUAGAAAUUAAAUUAGAGCAGUAAAUGAACUAGUUAAGAUAGAAAUUCUAGCAAAAACUGGAUUAAAAGAUUGAGAUACAGGAGAUUCAUAGUUUGAAGUCUGAUAUGAGAGGGUAGAUUGAGAAGUUGAAUGAAUUGAUAGGCUAGCUACGAAAUGAUUAGCACCUUAGAAUAGAAAAUUUAGCUGAUAAGCUGGCUAAAAAUAUAAUAGAUACUAAUGAAAGAGUUGAUAAAUGCCAAGCUUUCAUUGAUAAUUAGUACUAGGACUUCUAAAAGAUUAAGGACCAGAUUAAAUUCUUAGUCAAGGAAAGAAGUGAGGAAGUCCAAUAAAUCUCAGACCUAAUGAAAACAACUUAGAAAAAAAUCAUGUAAGAUGUGGGCAAGAUCAAAUCAGAUAUUGAGACAACCAUUAAUGAGCAAAAAGAUCAGUUAUUUUUGCUCUUGGACUAACAGAGAAAUGAAAUGGAGACUAGAAUAGAUGGCGAGAUUUCUGAUAAAGUCAGAGUUGAUGAGGUAUAAGAUGCAUUGAGAAGAUUGACUGAGUCUUUCCAAAUAAAAUUGGAGAAUAUUCACUCUGAAUUGUCUAGGCAGAUGCAUACAAAGAACGAGGAUUGUUACACUGCCCUUGAGAGAUUGAAAAACGAAAUAUAAGAUAUUGGACUCGGGUCCAGAGGCAAAGUAAGCCAGGAAUAGAUUGAUGCAAUAAUGAAUUAAUUAGAGUUUAUGAAUAAGGAUAUAAUGAGUAAAAGCGACAAGAAAAAUGUGUAGUCGUAACUUGACUUUUUGAAUGAAAACUUAGCUAAUCUUAACAAAGACAUGCUGAUGAAAGCUAAUGUUCAUGAUGUAAUGACAAUGCUUGAUAAGAAACCAAAUAGUGAUGAAAUUCAGCUAGAUAUAAAUUAUGUGAAGAGUUCUUUGCAAAAGACAAUGAAAGAUUUCAAGACGUCAAUGGAUCAGUAAAACUAAGUAAAUGAGGCUCUGUGCUCUGAAAACUGUGUUGCUCGUUGGAUUUGGAAGUAAGGUAGUAUAGAAAAUUCUUAAGGUAUUGUAAACUCUAUUAAAUGGGACUUGCAGAGUGUGAACACUUGCCCUGAUAACUUCCUGUGGAAAAGCGCACAUUAAGGUCUGAUAAUUGUAGAUGCUCCAGGCCUUUAUGAGAUCACUCUAGCCUUCUUCAGCAAGAAGAAGAAGCCACUAAUAUAGGUGCUUGCCAAUGGAGAGGUUAUAAUCCAAAGUGUUUCUAAAACUGUGUGUAAUGCUUGUGGUUCUUCCUGUCCUGUGCAGGCAAACGGUCACAUUCAAAAACUUUGCAAUGGCAAACUAUACAAGAUAAGUCUAAUUGAAUUCGUAGCCUUGCCUGCUAAGGCGUAGAUACAUGUGGUGUUUAAUUAUAUUAGUAAAAAUGGGGAUAAUAUAAGCUCUGGCAUGCUAGCUGCUGCUGAGGGAUUCGUGGGACUUAGGAAACUGUGA